ACUUGGCUCUCUUUUUUAGGUCAGGAAGUGCUGGGCAAAUUCGUUAUAAGGCGCAGUACAAUUCCGAAGAUAAUAAUAUAUUUGAAUGGCAAGUUUAAGUAGAGGAAGAACAAUCAUCCAGCAAAAUCUGAAGAUAACACAGUUAGGGAAAAGGGGACAAAUAGAUGAAGCCAUCAGAGUGUUCAACAGAAUCACACACCCUAAUACUGUCACCUACAAUUCUAUGAUUUCUGCAUAUGCCAAGAAUGGUAGAAUCAUCCAUGCACGCAAGCUGUUCGACAAAAUGUUGUUUAAAAAUUUAAUCUCUUGGAAUACAAUGAUUAAUGGGUAUUUGCUUAAUGGUCAAGUUGAGAAAGCAUGUGAACUGUUCGAUAAAAUGCCUCAGAGAGACCAUUUUACUUAUGCAUUGAUGAUAACUUGUUACGCGCGCAGUGGGGAGCUUGAAAAGGCUAGAGAUGUGUUUGAGUUGCUUCCUGAUAAAAGUAAUAUAGCUUGCUGGAAUGCAAUGAUUACAGGGUAUGCAAAAGCUGGAAGGUUAGAUGAUGCUAGGAAAAUGUUUGAUGGUAUGCCGGCUAAGAAUUUAGUUUCAUGGAAUUCGAUGCUUUUGGGAUAUACCCAGAAUGGGGAAAUGCAAUUUGGAUUGAAAUUUUUUGAGGAUAUUGAAGAGAAGGACGUCAUUUCUUGGAAUUUAUUAUUGGGUGGGUUUAUUGAGGUUGGGGAUUUGGAUUCUGCUAAAGAGGUUUUUGCUAAGAUUCCUAGUCCAAAUGUUGUUUCAUGGGUGACAAUGCUGAGUGGAUUUGCACGAUAUGGGAUGAUAUUGGAGGCUGAAAUGAUUUUUGACCAAAUACCGGAGAAAAAUGAGGUUACUUGGAAUGCCAUGUUAGCUGCAUAUGUCCAGAAUGGAAAAAUUGACAUGGCUGCUUCAUUAUUUAAUAGAAUGUCUCAGAGAAGUGCCGUGGCUUAUACAACAAUGAUUGAUGGUUAUUGUCGUGCUGGAAAGCUAAAAGAAGCAAGGGAUUUGUUGGAUCAAAUGCCAUACAGAAAUGUUGGUGCACGAACAGCAAUGAUUUCAGGGUACAUCCAAAACAACAUGAUGGAUAAAGCUCGUUGGGUAUUUGAUCGAACUGCUACUCGUGAUGUUGUUUGUUGGAAUACAAUGAUUGUAGGCUAUGCUCAAUGUGGACGGAUUGAUGAAGCUUUUGGUCUGUUUGAAAAGAUGGAACCAAAGAGCAUAGUUGUUUGGAAUACAAUGAUAGCAGGUUAUGCUCAAGUGGGACAAAUGGAAAAAGCACUUGAGAUCUUUGAGAAUAUGGGGGAAAGAAAUGUAAUUUCUUGGAAUUCUCUAAUUUCAGGUUAUACCCAAAAUGGUUUUUAUGUAGAUGCACUUAAAUAUUUCAUCACGAUGACACGUGAUGGCAAGAAACCAGAUCAUUCUACGUUUGCUUCAACAUUAAGUUCCUGUUCCAAUCUUGCAGCUGAGCAUAUCGGCAAGCAACUUCAUCAAGCGGCUAUAAAAACCGGUUAUGUGAAAAAUUUAUCAGUUUGUAAUGCUUUAAUCAUUAUGUAUGCGAAGUGUGGAAAGAUCUUUGAUGCAGAAAAAAUGUUUGAAGAUGUUGACAAUGCUGAUGUUAUAUCCUGGAAUUCCUUGCUUGCUGGCUAUGCUUUAAAUGGAUAUGGGCAGGAGGCUGUCAAACUUUUUCAAGAAAUGGAAGAUAAAGAAGUCGUUCCUGAUGAACUCACAUUUGUUAGUGUUUUAUCUGCAUGUAAGCAUGCUGGCUUGAGUGAUGCUGGUGCAAAUUUGUUUGAGCACAUGACCAGAAAGUAUUCUAUUACUCCUUCAUGUGAACGUUAUGCUUGCAUGGUUGACUUACUUGGGCGAGCAGGGAGGUUAGAAGAAGCUUUCCUUCUAAUAAAGGAUAUGAAAAAAAAUGUCACUGUAGAAAUGUGGGGUGCCCUAUUUGGGGCUUGUCGCAUGCAUAACAAUAUAAAGAUUGCUGGCUGUGCUAUUGAGAAGCUUCUUGAACUUGAACCUCAUACAUCGACAAAUCUGGUUGUCUUAUCAAACAUGUAUGCUGAGCUAGGAAGAUGGGGUGAUGUGGAGAGAGUUCGGGAAACAAUAAAAAAGAGUGGAGCAGGCAGACUACCAGGAUGCAGCUGGGUUGAGGAUAGGAAUCAGUUGCUUGUUUUUCUUUGUGGUGAUACUUCAGUGCAGUCAGUGGAGAACUUUAACAUGCUGUUCACUUUAACUGCUCAGAUGAUGGAUAUGGGCCAUAUGCCUGCGAUGACAUCAUUUUGUCUUGACUCAGAUAAUUGAGCCAUAAGCAUGUAUGUUAAAGCGCCAAACAUGCAUUCACAAAAUCACUUCUGGUUUAGGGCUGCAAGGUGGCUUUGCAGGACUGUAUGGCAGAUGAGAAAAUCACUCCAAUGUCUGGAAAAUCCUUUGCAUCUGCAACAGAACGCAUAUAGAGCUGGAAUGGAAUUCUGCAAGAUGUAACCAGAAGAGUGAAUUAAAAACUUGCUUAUGAGGUAACUGCUGUUGUCUGGAUAUUAGUGUAGAUCUUUGCAGUGAUUAUGUGUUAAAGCAGCUCAUGACCGUGAAUGGUACAUUGGUAUUGCCAGGAUUAUGUCAACAUAAUGGACUUUGUUCUGUUGAAGGACUUUCUGAUUUGACUGGAAGAUUGUGAACUUAUUAGCCUUUCUGCUCAAGAACUUAUUGAUUGUGAUAAUUCAAUACAAUAAUGACCGUGAUCAAGGUGGCCUUAUGAACCCUGCUUUUGAAUGGGUGAUCAACGCUGGCACCAUUGAUUCAGCUUCUGUAUCUAAACACUGCUUCUCAAGGCAGUUGCAAUUACA